ACCCGCUCUCUCUCUCUCUCUCUACCAACCUUACCUCUACCCUGCCUUAAACUGGGUUCGUCAUUGCGUGGUCGAUCUUUGUUAUAAAUAUUCGAUUGUCCAACUGGCUUGGGAGAUACGCUAGCCCACCUCUUUUGUGAGAGGUCUAAGGAGAGAUUCGACUAUCAUCGCCGGCCGCGUCCUCUCUUCUUUCUCCUCUGAUAUACCCAUAUUCUCUCCAUCCCACCCCUUCUGCCUGUCCUUGACUACAUAUAUUCUUUCGCUUCCGUGACCCUUUUCUCUUGGCCACCCGCCCGCUGCCUUUUGGUCUCGACGUAACGAACCCCUGAAGGGUUUAUAUUCACAUCAUGGUUGGUUCAGUGGGAGCGCUCGCCUUCGCGGCCGUCGUCUCUGGCAUGGCAAUGGCAACUCCCGCCCCCCCACGACCCAAGAUCGGCACGUUUUCCGUCCCGCAGGUUCGAAACCCAGGCUUUAGGGCCCACGGCCCCGCGCAGCUGGCUCGGGCGUACCUCAAGUACGGUGCCAAGCUGCCGGACGGCCUAGCCAGGAUCGUGGCCGACCUGAAGGUCUUCCGACGCGAUAGCGGAAGCGCAACGGCUACCCCGGAGCAGUACGAUAUCCAGUACCUGACGCCCGUCUCGAUCGGAACCCCGCCCCAGGAGCUCAAUUUGGACUUUGACUCCGGGUCUUCGGAUCUCUGGGUAUUCAGCACGGAGACGCCGCCCAGUUCCGUCAACGGACAGACCGUGUACGACGCGAGCAAGAGCAGCAGCUCCAAAAGCCUUUCGGGAGCCACCUGGAAUAUCAGCUACGGAGAUGGCAGCUCCUCUAACGGCGUGGUGUAUACGGACGUUGUCAACGUCGGCGGUGUCUCAUUCGAGACACAAGCCGUCGAGGUUGCCACCGCCGUCUCGUCGCAGUUCUCGGAAGACGCGAACAACGACGGUCUCCUGGGCCUGGCCUUCAGCAGUAUCAACACAGUGAAGCCGACUCCUCAGAAGACCUUCUUCGAAAACAUCGCACCGAACCUUGACGCCGCUGUUUGGACGGCAGACCUCAAGUACCACGAGGCCGGUACUUAUGAUUUUGGCGUCAUCGACAAGUCCAAGUACACGGGCGAUAUCACCUACACCGAUGUCGACUCGAGUGAGGGUUUCUGGUCGUUCAGUGUCUCGGGCUACGGCGUGGGCAACACGACUUUCACUUCGUCGAGAUUCAGCGGCAUCGCCGACACCGGCACGACACUGGCACUGCUGCCGUCGAGGGUGGUGGCGGCGUACUAUCGCCAGGUGCCGGGCGCGCAGCUUGAUCCCCGACAGGGCGGCUACGUGUUCCCCUGCUCGAGUAGCCUACCCGACUUCGUAUUCGGCGUUGAGGACGCCAGGAUUGCUAUCCCUGGCAGGUUCAUCAACUACGCCCCUGUUGAUGACUCGUCCUGCUUCGGUGGCAUCCAGUCUGGCGAGGACAUCGGUGUGUAUAUCUGGGGCGACGUUGCCCUGAAGGCAGCCUUCGUUGUCUUCGACGACUCUGCGGACACGCCUAGGCUAGGAUUCGCGAAGAAGAAUCUAUAGACGGGUGACUGCCCACCACUGCGGCACGUCGUCUAGCACCUUACCUAGAGUGCGCUCUAGGCUACUAACGCGUGCUCUUAAACAGAAUGGAUCGGGACGGGUAAUCC